AUGCUCACAUGGAUUUGUAGGACUGCAACUAGACUUGGUUUUGGUAUGGUUAUAGGAAGAUCAGAUAAUGGUUCGAAAAGAAGAAACACGUUUGUAACUUUAUUGUGCGAAAGAAGUGGGAAAUAUCAGACUCUUUUACAGAAGGUUAAAAGAGACGACACUGGUAGUAAAAAAUGUGAAUGUCCUUUUAAGAUUCGUGGUUAUAUGUUGUGUAUCAAAAAGUGGAAAUUUAGUGUUACUUGUGGUUUGCAUAACCAUGAAUUGUGCUUAAAGUUACAAGUUCAUCCUAGUGUAUGUCGACUCAAGCCAGAAGAGAAGACAUGUAUUAGUGACAUGACCUUGAAUCUUGUCCAACCGAAAAAUAUACUUGCCACAUUGAAACGAAAGGAACCCAAUAAUAUAUUAAAUAUAAUGCAAGUGUAUAACAUUCGGUACCGCACCAACAAGGUGAUUAGGGGAGAUAGAAGUGAGAUGCAACAACUGUUGAAAUUGUUGGAUGAUAACAGUUACGUGUCCCGGUACAGAACUUGCGACGAUGGAGUUACGAGCCGAGAUAUUUUUUGGACUCAUCUGGAUUUGAUAAAGUUUUUCAACACGUUCUCGAUAAUGCUCAUUCUUGAUUCUACCUAUAAGAACAACAAGUAUAAACUUCCUUUAUUUGAGAUGGUUGAUGUUACGUCUAUCGAGAAGACAUAUGUCGUUGGUUUUUCUUUUCUGGAGUGUAAAAAAUAG